CGAAACUCAGUCUGUCUGUGUUCACGGUUCCCGAUGCGGCUUCUGUCACGCCAAUUGUCAAAACGACAGCGCGUAAUAUAACCUCUCCUCCGAGUUUCUCGAUCGUAGGAUCAUAUCCAGUGAACGAUGCUGUCGCUUAUCCCGUGCUCGAUCGUCGUUGAUUUGAAUUUCAAUCGAACGACGAUAACGAUAACAAUGACGUCGACAACGAUAUUUUCGCCAUCCUCCAGUCGAAUAUCCUGAUCAUGCUUAUUUGCAUCCAUGUUAACCUCUUUGAUAUCGUGAAUUCGAGCUUCCAGCAUAAUUCAUUAAAGAAACUCGCGAUUUAAAUUAGUAAAUUUUGAGAAGAGAUACGAAGAUUAUUGAUGAUGAUUGACUCCUUAUGAUGGAUGUGAGCACCGGUAUUAAUGACGAUGUAUCCUUCCGCUUGGGGGAAAUGUUUGACAGUUAUGAAGAACUGGAACAAAAGCUAGACAGAUUUUCAAAGCACAGUCUGGUGCAUUACUGGAGGAGAGAUAGUAGGACUGUGAGUGGAGCUCAUAUGAAGACUGCAAGACCCAUCAGUGAACGAUUAAAAUAUUAUUCUGUCAAAUAUGCUUGCAUUUAUGGUGGCCAGAAAUUCCUACCACGUGGUGCUGGCAGAAGACAAUCUCAAUCUAUACGAACAAAUUGUCCUGCUCACAUUAUGCUCAGAGCAUCUAAAGAUGGCACCAAGUUGGAAGUGACUAGUGUCAAUAAUGAACAUAAUCAUGAAAUUUCAGAAGAACUAUUUAAAAAUCUUCCACAAGAGAGAAAACUCUGUGGUGAAAUUAGACAAGAAGUUCAAGACCUCUUACAAUUGCAUAUUGAUCGUAAGAGACUAAGGGAGUAUGUACGAUUGCGUACUAACAAAGUACUUCGAUCCAAAGAUCUGUUCAACAUAGCAGCAGCUAAUAAGCAGAAGAGAAUCAUCACACCAGAGCGAGCAUAUCAGUUAAUUAAGAAGAUUCAUGACAUUGAAAAAAUGCAGGCUAGAAAUAGCAAUAGAAAGAUAUAUCCUGAAUCUGAAGAUGAAAUAGCGCAAACUAUAAAAAGAAUGAAGAAGGAACAGGAAACUGCCUGGGGUCAAGAUGGAUUAUCGACAGAAUUAGAAGUGAGCGAGGGAAACGAUGGUGAAGAUUCAUAUAGCGGUCAGUUGACGCAAGAAGAAGUAGUCGAUGAAAUCGAUACAAACGAAGAUGAAUUAUUGAGAGCGGACAAUGAAGGUGAUAUAAUAGCAGCCGAUGGAGAAAUAGUAGGUGAAUUGGUAAUGGAGAAUGGCGAUCCAUCAGUGAUAGUCGAGUCUAUCGUUAAUGCGGACGGUUCCGUUUUCGUCGAUGAGAGGGAAUUUAACAAUUACUGCAACAAUCACUUGUCGCACACAGUAGAUGAUAGUCAAUCGCCAAAAUCGCGUGUUUUAGAUAUAGAAGCUAUCGCUUCAACUACCAUAGAGAAAGUCACAAAGGAAACGUCUGUUUCGCCUAAUCACAAGUCGCAAGCUGACUCUUUAACACUGCAACAGUCGCCGAAAUCACCUAACAGUUUUCAUGAAGCGGACUCGAGAAUUUGGAUUAUGAAGGAAAAUACUUCCAUGGAAACGGAACCAGAAAGCGGACCCGAGAGUGAAACUAUGACAACCAAGCAAGUCCCUAUGGUGAAAUCGGAUAUGGAGACGCCUGAAGUAGUAUUGUCCGAUGAAGCGAGUCACCAAUUGCUUCAGGAACAACUGGCGGUAUUGCGCGCCGAAAAAGGGAAACUGUACCACGAAACUGAAGUAUUGAAACUGAAGAAGGACAAGCUGAAGUUGCAAAUUAAUUGCUAUUCAAACGAAAUAAGGAAACAAGAGAUGGAGAGGGAGAAGCUUAGGCUCGAAAUCAAGUUACUUCAGUCUAAAGUUAUGGAAGACACUAACGAUGUAUCACAUUACAUCUUUGUGCCUUAAGUUUUUUGAUUCUAUUGUAAAGUAAUUGUAAAUAGUACCUUACUUACAUUGCUUAAGAAGAUAUAUUUGCAUGUAAAGAUUACAUGCUCAUAUAUCUAGAUAUAUGUUUAUCGCUAUAACAGAGUUUUAUCUGUGAGAUUAUCAAAAUGAAUACAUUGCAAACUCAGCAAUAAAAGUAGAUUUUGCUACUAAUUCUGGUAAGAUGAGAUAUUCUUCCUUAUAAAA